AUGCAGCUUCCUUCAGUCGUGCUGUUAGUGAUGCUCCCACUGCUGGCUUCGGCAGGUUGCGACGACUCUAUGGAGCGCGACUUCAGGAGGGGCUGGUACACGACGGUAUGCAGCAAAAAGGUCAGUGCUCUGGAACUCGGUGCCACAGCUGUCGUGUGCGCAGCAGCUCCCCCCGCUUGCGUCCCGAUGGUUCUGGACAUGGCAAAAGACAUUGGAAUCGAAUUCGGCGCAGACCUUGCUUUGCAGCUGAUAGAAGACCACAAGGAAGGGACAUUGCCAGAUGGCAAAAGCGUGAAAGCGGCACUGCUGACAGAGACUCAGUGCAAGCACUGCCCCUUGGCAGGGUUGUGCACGGACUUGCCAAACCAGUACCGUGUCUGCUUGGCAUACAACAAAAUGCCAAAGUUCACGAUCGAUGAUCAGGGAGCCCCAUGGCAGUGCUACCUCAGCAGGUAUCCAGACUUGACGAAUGCCCUUGGAGCCACAAAUAUUGCAGAGGCAAGGAGGCAUUGGUUCGAGUUCGGCAAGGACGAAAAAAGAACUGUGACUUGCGACGGCGUCUGCAAUUGGGAGUGCUACCUCGACCGUUACGCCGAUUUGCAGAAGGCGUUUGGCAAAACAGGCUUUGAGCAAGCAGCCCAGCAUUGGUCCGAGUACGGUGAAAAAGAAGGCCGCAGCUGCCAGUGUGCACCAGGCACGGAGUGCCAGUGGCAGUGUUACUUGAACCGAUACGAAGACCUUCGCAAUGCGUUUGGGCCAGACAACAUUGCAUUUGCGCGUAAUCAUUACUACGAUUUCGGCAAGGCAGAAGGAAGGACCUGCCGCUGCUAG